UCCCCCACGUUCGCCGUCGAUUCCAACACCCCUGACGCCACCGCCGCCCCCGAUAUGACGAUAGUCGACGACGUGUUCGCCGACCCCGGCGACGGCGUCUUCGCGACCGCCGUCGACCGAUCUUCCACCACGCCAGACUCUACCACCACUGGCAAUGUCGAGGCUGCUCUUCCAUCGGCAAUUGUCGCCGCCUCCAAUAGGACGGACAGGGUGCUCAACUUCUUUCCGGUGCCCGUAGACGACGAGUGCCUCUCGGACGACGGACGCCGCUCAGGGGUGUGCCUCAACACGUACGAAUGCCGCAUCCAGGGCGGCGCCUCCCACGGCCCAUGUGCUCUCGGCUUUGGCGUCUGCUGUGUCUUCACUGCGACUUGCGGCCAGGAGAUUUUCAACAACGUGACGUACUUCGUGAACCCGCACUUCCCAGGCCUGUCGUCGUCUUCUUCCACGUGUACAAUCACCAUCAAGAAGGUGGUACCCAACGUCAGUCAGCUGCGGCUCGACUUCGUACACUUCAGCAUGGGCCAGCCAAACCGGCGCACUGGCGUGUGUGACUCCGACGUGUUCCUCAUGUCUGCAGGACCAGCGAGGCAGCUCACGCUAUGCGGCCAGAACAGUGGACAACACAUGUACUUUGACGUGGACAGCGUGAGAGACCCAAUCAGUAUUACUAUGAAUUUGAGCAGAAGCGACCUGAGCCGAAUAUGGGAAAUUAAGGUGUCCCAGAUUGUUUUCAACCAGAGGGCUCCAGCUGGAUGUUUGCAGUACCACCAGGGAGAAACUGGUAUUAUACGAACAAUGAACUUUGCUGACAAUGGAAGACAUUUAGCCAAUCAGGAUUACCUGAUUUGUGUCAGGCAGGAAUCAGGUAUGUGCUCCAUAGCCUAUGAGCCAUGUGAUGAGAACUCAUUCAGGAUUGGACCACCAGAAAACCAGGCAGAUGAAGGCUCUGGAGGUGGGGAUGCAAGAGAAUGUGAUGAUCGCAUUGUGAUGCCAUGUGAUUCAGAAGACUUCAUUAUGCCAAAACAAAAUGGUGGAGGAAUGGGUGGAGUAUGUGACUUACUUCAUUGUGGCAGCUCCUUCUGCAGCCCUGGGGAGGUACCAUGCAGAGUAGAGAGUAGCACAACACCAUUCAACAUCCGUGUGCAGUUUGGUCCUGGAAAAGAGAAUGAGUCCCCGGAUGACAACAUUGGGAUGUGCCUGAGAUAUGAGCAGCUUCCUUGUACGUCAUAAUCCAUAUGGCACUUGCUAGUCAGCUUUGUGUACACAAUACAACUGUUUGUUUCAGGUUCCAGAUAGUGUGUUAUAUGGAUCAUCAGUGUCCAUCCACCAGAGGAAUUUCCGUAACUUUUGUAGGAUAAUUUUUAAAGCACUACUCACUUGUUUUGACUACUAGUAAGUUAUUCCUGAAAUUUGUAAUAUGCUGAGGAUGCUGUGUAAUAGGGAAAGGUGAAACCUAUUGAACACUCAUACUGUUUUAUUGCUUUUAAUGUAAGUGAGAUUCCUUUAAGAUCCUCUUGUAUAUGUUUCAACAUUCAGCUGUGAUGUGUGUGUGUGUGUGUGUGUGUGUGUGUGUGUUUUUGUGUGUGUACGUAUAUGAAGUAUUUUUUCUAUGCAUUUGUGUGUAUUUAUUGAAUCAUUUGCUGUUUGAAUGUGUGACUGUUGCUACAGUAUUGUGCCAAAUUUAAUGUAUUUCUCAAAAGAACUCUCAGUUGUUUUCAAAACAGGAAGUUUCAACACCCAAAUGUGUACUAACUUACUAUGCAACAAACCUAAGCAAACUAUUAUAUUUCCUUUGUAUGUUUCUCAUG